AUGGAUUACGACCCCUCGACCGGAACGCUCUUCACAGGGUCCAAGGAUGGCAUCUCUCUUUGGACUGUGAAGACCUCCGACAUGGGAGGACUGCUUGCUCCGACAAGACGGACCUUCGCAUGCACGCUGCAGUCAGCUUUGGAGUUCCAAACGAGAGCAACCUGA